UAUUUGCAGUAAAAUUCGACAAUUCAUGCUUAUGUUCGUUAUGCGUAUGAAAAGACGUGGAUUAUAAGACCGUCUAGCUACGUCGAUCAAUAAGGACUACUAAGGGUGUAAUUCGUAGUCCUAUGUACUUUUUAUUGUAAAGGGCGGUGGCUAAGUGAAUAGUGGAUCAAGAGAUUAACAUUUUACGAGAUUUAUGUUAUCAAUAAACAAUUAGUGCUGUGAGAGAGAUCUCUUAUCUUAGCAAACAAUGGAGAACAUAAAUACAUGAACUUGCGAGUCUUUUUCGAGUAUAUUUUGUGAUGCAUCUGUCGACGGAAUCGGUGGACGAUGAUCUUGAAUUGCCAUGGGACGAAACGUAUUGAGGAUCUUGUUGCUCCUCUGCUGCAUGCUGCAACCGCAUGUCGGACUGACUCGAGACCACAGAGACACGCGAUGCUUUCUGGAGAACGGAGCUACCGCGGCACACCUCUUUGUCAGAGAGGAUCUGCCCGUCGGCGAUACUGUGGGAAUUCUCGGAGUGCUAGGUGAUCCUAGCUCGCAAGGUGAUAUUGAGCUGAGCUUGCAGGAGCAUGACAGCCCCGUCGCAUUCUCGCCAUACUCGAAGAAUUUAACUCUCAUCAGACCACUCGACAAAGAGGGUAUCGAAGGACCAGCCAGUGUCUAUAUCAACGUUAUCUGUGGAAAGAAACCUAUCGCAGAAUCGGAAUUCAUCAUACCAGUGAAUAUUCGAGUAACCGACGCGAAUGAUAAUACACCGCAAUUCGUGAAUGCGCCUUAUGUGCUGAAUAUUUCUGAGGUUACUGUCGUCGGCACGAGAGUUCUGCAAGGAGUUCGUGCUGUCGAUGCUGAUCAACCAGGACCAUAUUCUACUGUGCAGUACACAGUCCUACCAGGAGCUCACUCGGAUUACUUUAUCUUCGUAAAUGCUUUGGAAGGCACUCUUGUACUUAGAAAAUCGCUAGAUUACGAAACUCUUACCAACUUCUCCGUUGAUAUCCGUGCUCAAGAUCAAGGUAAUCCACCACGAUUAUCAACGACAACAUUACAUGUUAACGUUAUUGAUGCCGAUGAUCAGAAUCCGGCUUUUUUGCACGAUCAGUAUAAGGUUACCGUACCUCGUCAUAUAAAAGAGAAAAAGUCAUUAAGGGUAGUACCUGCUGCGAUAAAAGCUGUGGAUCAAGAUGUCGGCAUAAAUGCACCGGUUCGGUAUACGAUACAAGGUGGAAUUUUACCCUUUUUGGAUUUGAAUCCUGAGACUGCUGAAAUCGUCAUGACACGCUCGCUACAGGACCACGAGUUAAUGACGCCAGCAACUAUUGUUAUUAAGGCCACUCAAGUGAAUAAUGCAGAUCGAUAUGCUCUUGCCACGGUUAUUGUAUCGCGAGAAGAUAUGGUUGGUCCAACAGCAGGCGGUCGAUUACCCGUGAAAUUUGUGCUGAAAAAUCACCAAACGAGCGUACCAGAGAACACGCCGUCUGGGAGCGUUCUUUUAACGGCAGGAGUCAAUAAAGCUGAUCCUAAUUUAAAAUUCUGGCUGGUGGGCCCAGUGGAGGACUUAGAGAGGUUCUCGAUUACUAACUCUGGCGAGUUAAUUCUCAACGGGAAUUUAGAUUACGAACGGCGGUUUCAGCACAGCUUCUUGAUUCAUGUCACAGAUGGAUAUCAUAACGAUACAUCUCAUGUGAAUGUUUCGGUCGAAGAUGUGAAUGAAUGGGAACCUCGAUUCCAAUAUUCCCGGUACGAAUUUCAUGCUCAUUCCGCGAGAGAGGGUUCCGUCGUAGGAAAGUUAGAAGCAGCUGACGGCGACAGGGGAGACAAAGUUAACUUAUCUCUCAGAGGACAAGAUGCAAGAUCCUUCGAGAUUAGAGAUAACGGAGAAUUAGUGCUGAGAUCAUUAGGUUUAUUUAACGGAUCUUUGGCACGAUUUAUAGCGGUAGCUACCGAUUCCGGAAAACCGCCAAGAUCCAGCAUGAUUCCGGUGAUCGUUCAUAUACCUAACGCCGGUUCAUUGCCGAUCGCUGCGAGAGCCGCACCCGCUUGGCUCGGUAGCAGCGUGUUAUUAGUUGCAAUCUUCGGCGCAGUUUUGGGUCUUCUUGGAGUUGUCAUACUUAUUCUCAUCCUUUACAUUUAUAAACACAAAAGGCCAAAAAGUGGUGGUUCGGUCAGCUCUGUGGGUACUGGAUAUCGUGAGAAAUCACCAGUUCCCUCAGCUUUAAGUCCCACUCCGCAAGUUCUAGGCGCUAAUGUUCUUCAGGACGGCUUGGAAGUCCCACGGAAUCGGCAUCACGAUAUUGACGACGAGAAUGAUAACGUCGACAGCCGUAACGAAAUCGAUAAUCCCGUCUUCGGAGAAACCAAUGAAAGCUCGUACAGUACUACAAUCAAAAGUAUAGCAUCGGCGAGACAAUUACCAUUGUAUACCCGACAUAAAGUGGCACCCGCCCCAAAUCCGCCAGCUUUAUCUGCAACUUCGAACAUUCCCAAUAUCGGUGGACUCGUGCAGAAUAUGAAUGAUUUGAGUGCUAGAACCAAUCUGGAUGCUGGAUCUCACGACUCUUCCAAUUAUUCCGGAGAUCCUCCAGAUUCUCUCGUGCCAGCGUGGCCUGCUAGUUCAGCUUUACCAAGGAUCAAAAAGUUAUCUUGGGACGACGAUGAUAGAACUGUGGAUAGCGUCGAGAUCGCGGCGGAAACGCGAACCGGAGACAAUCAAGUUGGCAACGAGAGGCUCAAUCUCACUGUGUACUUUUAACGAUCCAUUAUUUUGUAAAUGGGACGAAUAAGGACGGGAAGAUUGUUGUAAGCGCUGUUUGGUCAGUUUAGUUAAAUAAAAUCUCGUUGAUGUCGAAAUUCUUUGAAUGAACUUCGAAGCAUCGCAAAGCGAUGCGACCUUAUCCGGUCCACAGAGUAUCUGUGCUAUCUGCGCAACAUAGCGUUAAUUCGCAUCAUCCUGAAUAGAUUACGUCCAUUAUUUGCGUGAUGCGACAUCGAUCUCUGAUAUUAUAUAAAGUAAUCAUUAAAAAUAGCUAGAAAUUGAACAAUAGAAAAAUGUUACGCACGGUAUAAAAAAUUUUUAAUGUUAAAACAGAAAGAAGAAAAGAAAUAGCGAAUUGGAGUAUGAUAAAUCUGACAUUCCUGUAAAUCUAAAUU